AAUGAUGCUACAUCUACAGUAACCUCCACAGAUGCUACAUCUACAGCUACAUCGACAGUAACCAACACUGAUGCUACAUCUACAGUAACCAACACUGAUGCUACAUCUAUAGUAACCAACACUGAUGCUGCUACAUCUACAGUAACCAGCACUGGUGAUACAUCUACAGUAACCACCAAUGAUGCUCCAUCUACAGUAACCAACACUGAUGCUGCAUCUACAGUAACCACCAAUGAUGCUUCAUCUACAGUAACCAACACUGAUGCUACAUCUACAGUAACAAAGAAUGAUGCUGCAUCUUCACUAACCAACACUAAUGCUACAUCUACAGUAACCACAAAUGAUCCUGCUCCUACAGUAACCACAUAUCAUGCUGCUCCAAAAGUAACCAACACUGAUGCUGCAUCUACAGUAAUCAACACUGAUGCUACAUCUACAGUAAGCACAGAUGAUCCUGCUCCUACAGUAACCACCCAUCAUGCUGCUCCUACAGUAACCAACACUGAUGCUGCAUCUACAGUAAUCAACACUGAUGCUACAUCUACAGUAACCAACAAUGAUGCUACAUCUAUAGUUUCCAACACUGAUGAUACAUCUACAGUAACCACCAAUGAUGCUACAUCUAUAGUAACAAACAAGGAUGCUGCAUCUACAGUAACCAACACUGAAGCUGCUCCUACAGUAACCAACACUGAUGCUACAUCUACAGUAACCAAUAAUAAUGCUACAUCUACAGUAACCAAUACUGAUGCUACAUCUACAGUAACAAACACUGAUGCUGCUCCUACAGUAACCAACACUGAUGUAACCACCUAUGAUGAUGCUCCUACAGUAGCCAACAAUGAUGCUGCAUCUACAGUAACCAACACUGAUACUACAUCUACAGUAGCCAAAAAUGAUGCUGCAUCUACAGUAACCAACAAUGGUCAUACAUCUACAGUAACCAACACUGAUGCUUCAUCUACAGUAACCAACAAUGAUGAUGCUCCUACACUAGCCAACACUGAUGCUGCAUCUACAGUAACCAACACUGAUCCUACAUCUACAGUAACCACCUAUGAUGCUGCUCCUACAGUAGCCAACACUGAUGCUGCAUCUACGGUAGCCAACACUGAUGCUGUAUCUACAGUAGCCAACACUGAUGCUGCUCCUACAGUAGCCAACAAUGAUGCUGCAUCUACAGUAGCCAACACUGCUGCUGCUCCUACAGUAACCAACACUGAUGAUACAUCUACAGUAACCAUAACCAUCAAUGAUGCUACAUCUACAGUAACCCCCAAUGAUGCUACCUCUGCAGUAACCAUCAAAGAUGCUUCAUCUACAGUAACCAGCACUGGUGAUACAUCUGCAGUAACCACCAAUGAUGCUUCAUCUUCAGUAACAAACACUGAUGCUGCAUCUACAGUAAUCAACACUGAUCCUACAUCUACAGUAACCACCACUGAUGCUACCUCUGCAGUAACCAUCAAUGAUGCUACAUCUACAGUAACCCCCAAUGAUGCUACCUCUGCAGUAACCAUCAAAGAUGCUUCAUCUACAGUAACCAACACUGUAACCAACUAUGAUGCUGCUCCUACAGUAACCAACACUGAUGGUACAACCCCAGUUACCACCAAUGAUGCUACACCUCCAGUGACCAACAAUAAUGCUACAUCUGCAGUAACCAAUGAUGCUACAUCUACAGUAACCAACACUGAUGCUACGUCUACAGUAGCCAACACUGAUGCUACGUCUACAGUAGCCAACACUGAUGCUACGUCUACAGUAGCCAACACUGAUGCUACGUCUACAGUAGCCAACACUGAUGCUGCAUCUACAGUAACCAACACUGAUCUUACAUCUACAGUAACCAACUAUGAUGCUGCUCCUACAGUAACCAACACUGAUGCUACAACCCCAGUUACCACCAAUGAUGCUACACCUCCAGUGACCAACAAUGAUGCUACAUCUACAGUAACCAACAAUAAUGCUACAUCAACAGUAACCAACACUGAUGCUACAUCUACAGUAGCCAACACUGAUGCUGCAUCUACAGUAACCAACAAUGAUGCUGCUCCUACAGUAACCAACACUGAUGUAACCAACACUGAUGCUACAUCAACAGUAACAAACACUGAUGCUACAACCCCAGUUACCACCAAUGAUGCUACACCUCCAGUGACCAACACUGAUGCUACAACCCCAGUUACCACCAAUGAUGCUACACCUCCAGUGACCAACAAUAAUGCUACAUCUACAGUAACCAACAAUGAUGCUACAACCCCAGUUACCACCAAUGAUGCUACAUCUACAGUAACCAACACUGAUGCUACAACCCCAGUUACCACCAAUGAUGCUACACCUCCAGUGACCAACAAUGAUGCUACAUCUACAGUAACCAACACUGAUGCUUCAUCAACAGUAACCAACAAUGAUGCUACAUCUACAGUAACCAACACUGAUGCUACAUCAACAGUAACAAACACUGAUGCUACAACCCCAGUUACCACCAAUGAUGCUACACCUCCAGUGACCAACACUGAUGCUACAACCCCAGUUACCACCAAUGAUGCUACACCUCCAGUGACCAACAAUAAUGCUACAUCUACAGUGACCAACAAUGAUGCUACAACCCCAGUUACCACCAAUGAUGCUACAUCUACAGUAACCAACACUGAUGCUACAACCCCAGUUACCACCAAUGAUGCUACACCUCCAGUGACCAACAAUGAUGCUACAUCUACAGUAACCAACACUGAUGCUACACCUCCAGUGACCAACACUGAUGCUACAUCUACACCUCCAGUGACCAACAAUGAUGCUACAUCUACAGUAACCAACACUGAUGCUACAACCCCAGUUACCACCAAUGAUGCUACACCUCCAGUGACCAACACUGAUGCUACAUCUACAGUAACCAACAAUGAUGCUACAACCCCAGUUACCACCAAUGAUGCUACAUCUACAGUAACCAACACUGAUGCUACAACCCCAGUUACCACCAAUGAUGCUACACCUCCAGUGACCAACACUGAUGCUACAUCUACAGUAACCAACACUGAUGCUACACCUCCAGUGACCAACACUGAUGCUACAUUAACCAACACUGAUGCUACACCUCCAGUGACCAACAAUGAUGCUACAUCUACAGUAACCAACAAUGAUGCUACACCUCCAGUUACCACCAAUGAUGCUACAUCUACAGUAACCAAUGAUGCUACAACCCCAGUUACCACCAAUGAUGCUACAUCUGCAGUAACCAAUGAUGCUACAACCCCAGUUACCACCAAUGAUGCUACAUCUGCAGUAACCAAUGAUGCUACAACCCCAGUUACCACCAAUGAUGCUACAUCUGCAGUAACCAAUGAUGCUGCAAUCCCAGUUACCAACAAUAAUGCUGCAUCUACAGUAAUCACAAAUGAUGAUGCUCCUACAGUAACCAACAAUCACAAUGAUGUGACAUCUACAGUAACAACCCUUGCUGCGAAGACCAAAGGUCUUCCCAAGUUUAAGAUUUCUCUUCUGCCAUGA